AUUUCGUAGACGCUCUGAAACACCAACGGUGGAACUCCAGCCCUCCACUUCUGCUUCAGAUUAAGGGCUUUUACUGCUGCUCAGCUGGAGCUCUGCAUAGUACAUAUAAGCUCUAAUCCUCUUCACCACCACCACCGCCGCCGCCGUCGGGAUGGAGAAGCGUUACGUCUUCCUCGUGACUGUGGUCUGCACAAGCCUGGCUCUGACCCUCCUGGUCGUGCACUGGCGUCACAUCCGGUCAGUCACAGUGGAGCUGAUGGAUCUGGAACGCAGGGUCAGAGCUCUGCAGAAGGGGCAGGAGUGGUGGAAUGAGGGGGUCUGCUGCCCCUCAGGCACGUGCUGCGGGUGUCAGGUGUGGGAGAGUCCAAAGUUUGGAGGCAGUAGAGGAAAGAGGGAUCUUUCAUCUCCGGGGAAAAUCAGACAGAAAAGGCAGACAGAGCGGCGCUCCUUUCUGCACCUGAUUCCUGCCUCCGCGCACUCGAACGAUGAACGUGAUUUGACGGUUCUCACCUGGGCUCUUGGGCAGAUCCAAGGGGCGGGGCUACAGGCAUCUGGUGAAACCAUCACCGUGGCAACUGAAGGCAACUACUUUAUUUACAGCCAGGUGCUGUACAAGGACACCACCUGGGUGAUGGGUCACGUGAUCACCAAGCGGCUGAAAGGGGCAGAGACAAAACUGAUGAAAUGUCUAAAGAGCAUGCCGAGUAACGACAGCGUCAACACGUGCUACACUGCAGGCGUCCACUUCCUGGAGUCCGGAUCAGUUCUUGAGCUCUCCAUCCCCCGCAAAUCUGCUGAACUCAUCCUCGUUGCUCACGCCACAUUCAUGGGGAUCUUCAGUAUCUGAGGUCUCUGCUGUCCCUCUCUCGUCUUUAUUUAGAAACCUCACUACGCUAUGUUGGCUAAAGCCCCGCUGGAGCUGGAUUAGGUUUAUCGGAAUGGGUCGGGUGAUGUCAUUUGUAAAGGAUUCGACAGGCUGAUUUGUAUGGGAUAAAGAAUCUGUGUGA